AGAGAGAGGGAGGGAGGGAGGGAGUGAGUGAGAGAGUAAGGUCUGUGUGACUGUUCGAGAAAAACAGAUAAGAAAAAACGGAAGGAAAAAAGCAAUGGGAAGAUCCACUUCUUGUUUGAAAAUUAUCACCUGCGGUAGCGACUCAGCUGAUAAAGAUGAUCCUGAUUUUGCUGAGAACAAAGGUGCAAAUGACAAACGUGGGUGGAGUUUUCGAAAGAGAUCUGCUAGGCAUCGAGUGCUAAGCAACACUGUGAUAUCAGAAACCCCUUUAUCUGCCAAAAAGGAGAGCCCAGAAUCUGCUGAUGUCAACUACCAACCACCCAAUAACUCCAGUGUUCCAGAGAAAAUCUCCAUGGUACAGUGCAUUGAUGAGAAACCUCAGCUGUCGACUCCAGUGGAAUUGAAAGUAUCUGAGACCAUUGUUGUCACUGAUACCGAAAGCAAGCAUGAUUCCAUCGCUGAUGAGUCUGUUGUUACUGUCAUUCAGGCUGCUGUCCGAGGGUUCUUGGCUAAAAGAGAACUCCGAAAGCUUAAGAAUGUAGUUAAGUUGCAAGCUGCUGUUCGUGGGCACUUAGUUCGGAGGCAUGCUGUGGGAACCCUACGUUGUGUUCAAGCCAUUGUUAAAAUGCAGGCUCUUGUUCGUGCUCGUCGUGCCCGUCUUUCUCUAAAUAGUUCAAGUAUAGAGAAGAAGGAGAAGGAAGAUUCGGUAUCCAAACCAAAUGAAACCUACGUUUCCAUGGAGAAACUACAUAGCAAUAGUUUUGCUCGUCAGCUAAUGGAAUCAACACCGAAGACCAAGCCCAUCAACAUUAAAUGUGAUCCUGCAAAAUCAGAUUCUGCUUGGAACUGGUUGGAGAGAUGGAUGUCUGCUUUGGCUACAAAACAGUCACCAAAAACAGAGUCAACAGUUGAGCAACCUGAAAAAGAGAAGACUGAGAAUUUUGCCUCUCCAGUAGAAACUAUUCAUUCUGAAGUUUUAUGUGAUUCAGUGGAUGUGGACUCAAAGUCAAGUGCCAGGGAAACUGUUAUGCCAUCUGAAAGUGAAGAAAAUCUGAUGACUACUGAUGCAGACAAUUUUGUUUUUCAGCCAUGCCAGCCAACUUCUUCUAUGUUGAGAGAUGAUAUGGAGCUAUGUCAGCCUGAGAACACAAGCACAUCGGAUGUGAAUGAGAUCCCAAUAGAGAUGAAUUCUCAUCAUAAUCAAGUAAAGCAAUCAGAGGAAGCUUCUCAAAAGGAACUAAACUCUCUUUCUAGUAACCCUGUAAUUGAAAGUGAACAACCUAAACGUUCAAUGAAAAGGUUGGCCUCUGACAAUCUUGAGACAGAGGGGAAGAAGUUUGUAUUUGGAUCGAGAAAGUCAGGUAAUUCGUCAUUCAUUGCUGCGCAAUCAAAAUUUGAGGAGCUUAGUUUAUCAAAAUUUGAGGAGCUUAGUUUAUCAGCAAAUUCGGGAAGAUCAAUCUGUUCAGUGCACCAAGAUAUUUCUGUUGAUUCAAAUGUGGACACAGUUUCUUCCGGAGCAGAUACUUUAACCAGGACAAAGGAUCUUGACGUGACAGAAAAUUCAGUAUCAAGGUUUUAUGGUGGCUCUGAAUGUGGCACUGAACUUUCUGUUACUUCCACUCUUGAUUCUCCUGAUAGAUCUGAAGUUGGAACCAGAGAAUAUGAGAAUGAAGCUAAAGUUACAGGAAAGGAAAUUUAUGAUCCAACCAACUCAGAUAACUUGGAUGUCAAAGGUGCAACUACCUUCCCAGUGUCUGAUGAGUCCCACUCAGUUGUGGAUCAGCCUGAGAAGGUUGAUGAGGCCCAAGUUGAAUCUGUUACUUCAGCUACAGUUGUAGAUUCUCCACCUGUAGAGCACAAGCCAGAAGGUAGUUCAUUUGAUGUCCACAAGCCAGAAGGUAGUUCAUCUGAUGUCCACAAGCCAGAAGGUAGUUCAUCUGAUGUCCACAAAGUGCCGGACUCUGAGACAGGGCGCCAAACAUACAGGUCAUCCCCUGAAGCCUCUCCCAGAAGCCAUAUGACUGUUCCAGAGUCCCAAGGAACACCUUCAAGCCAGGUAUCAGUGAAAACUAAAAACAACAGAACAGAAAAGAGUGGAUCCAACCGAAAGCGUAAGCCCCUGUCAGCAAAUAAGGGAUCUCCAUCAAAUCCAAAUCAUGAUUCUGGUGCAAGAAGUAGUACGGAACAAUUGCCAAAAGAUCAGAAAAAUGGGAAGAGACGCAGUUCCUUUGGUUCUACAAAAACUGAUUACAUUGACCAAGAACCAGGAGAUAGUAGCAGUAGCAGUUCUCUCCCCCAUUUCAUGCAAGCCACAGAAUCUGCCAGAGCCAAGCUUCAAGCAAAUAACUCACCCAGAUCAAGUCCAGAUGUCCAAGACAGAGACUUCUACAUCAAGAAGCGGCAUUCCUUGCCUGUUGCAAAUGGAAGACAAGGUUCUCCACGUAUCCAGCGGUCAUCUUCUCAAGCACAGCAGGGUGCAAAGGGAAACGGUACCCAGCCUCUUCAUGAGAGAAAAUGGCAAAGGUGAUGAGAUGGACAAAGUGAUGAGAAGCAUGAUGGCAGUCCUGCUAGUAACCAGUUCAGAUAGAAACUUGGAUUGGAUUGGAUUGUUGGUCUACUUGACUGGUCACAAUAUAGAUCUACACUUUAGUUCUUUUGCAUUUGAUGGCGCAUUAGCUGAUCUAUGCAUCGAGAUGGGAUUAUGGCAGGAAAGGACACAUUAAAGAAAAAAAAGGAGUCAGGAUCCCAUGUAUAUUUUUAGUACCCAAUCUUUUCUAUCAUUUUUUUUUUCAAACUUUCGUCCCAGAGGAAUGCUUGUGUGUUUGUUCAACAGUGUUUUGUGUGAUUAUAUAGGGUUGUUACAAAUGUUUUGGGAUGUGUAUCUGAAAGUUUGACACAUUGACUAUCAAGUGGAAAGCUUCUGCUGUUGUUUCCCACUUGUUUUGUAAUAAAUUGAUUAGUUUUCAUUCUUCCA